AGCGGGAGAGGUGGAGAGAGAAAGAGGGAGAACGAGAGAAGAGCCGAGGGAGAAAGGGAGCAUCCGAGGGAUUGAGAGAUAGAGAAGGAAGAGAAGAACAGUAGAGAGGGUGAACAUGUGAAGAUUUGAGCAGGGUAGUGAAGAGUUGUGGUUGGUGAGGCUGCUGUCAUCUAAGGGAUUGGAUAGAGAAUAAUUGAAGAUGGUAAAUGCUACCAAAGGCUUGUAUAUAUCUUGUGACAUACCCAUGCUUCAGUUCAUUGUGAGCAUGAAUAAUUCGUUACCACCGUCCCAGAAGUUUGUUCUGCAUGUCUUAGACGAUACGCACCUAUUUGUGCAACCCAAUGUAGCUGAGAUGAUCCGCAGAAGAAUCGCGGAGUUUGGAGAAGAGAAUACGUAUGAAAAACCAACAUAACUGAUUUCAGACUUCUGUUAUACAAUCAACUCCAUUUGGAACAGGUGGCCUUAGUAACUUACACUCAAUUCAGGCUUCUGUUAUGCAAUCAACUCCUCCAUUUGAACAACUGGCCAUAGUAUAUUUUCUGAAGUACAACAGUUUCUUAUUUCUUCUUUC